AUGGCCAAAUCCGAGAGUCUAAAGCGGAUAAUCACCCUAACGCGGGCUGUGCCGACUGGAGUCUCCGGGUCUCCCAAGGCCAUGGAUCAGUUAAUGGACUGCUUCGUCAAGGGCGAUGAAGGUGGGCUCAACAAAUCGAACGAGACCAACUAUGAUUAUCUUGCAUAUUUCUUCGCGGAUAUUUCAAAGUACGAAGAAGGCCGGUCAUACUUCAUAACGGAGCAGGAGUACGAUUCGGUAAUACCAAUCACCAAGCUCACCGUUUUCACAGAGCAUCGCAGUCACAUUCGGAGAAGAGGCGUGGCGUCAACGAUUAAAAAUGUUGCGUUUGAAGUUCCCGCACAUCCGAGUCUGGUAUCAGGGUCGCAUAUCAACCUUCUUCCUUAUAUCCUGCUGCCCCUCGCGGGACCUGAAGAAUUCGACGACGAAGAAAGCGCGGCGAUGUUGCCAGAUCUACAGCUCUUACCACCAGACAAGGAGCGGGAUAGCGAUCCGGAGAUUAUCGUGACCCACCUGGAGACUUUGCUACUGCUGACAACCACGAAGGAGGGGAGGAAGUUGAUGAGAGACAUUCAGGUCUAUCCGCUGAUCCGGGAAUGCCACUUGCAUGUUGAAGAUGAGAAUGUCAGGGAUGGAUGCGAUCGAUUAGUGCAGGUCCUCAUGCGCGACGAGGAAGGAGAGGAAGAUAAGUCUGCGCAGGAAAUGGAGAGCGCCAGAGCCAAAGCCCUGGGCCAGGCGCCCCAGGAGGAUGAGGAAGAGAAAAUUGUUGAAAUCUUCUAA